AUAUUUUUUUUCUUUAUUAAGGAGUCGAAUUUUGUGAAAAAGUCACAAAGAAGAAGUUUCUUCAAGGAUCCUAUCUAAGUGCACUUUUUGUUGAUACGUCGUUUCUAAUCUUACAGAAAAUUUCAGCGGUAGCCCUGGGACUAGAAGCUGCAGUAACAGAAGCCGUGUAUGAUGCAUUAGGCUAUUGAAGAAAAAUAAUUUUUGAAUAAAAUAUUUGGAACAGAAGGGAGGAAAGGUGACCGAAAAUGGGGCGGAAGAAAAUACAAAUCACACGCAUAAUGGACGAAAGGAACCGGCAGGUCACCUUUACGAAGAGGAAGUUCGGGUUGAUGAAGAAAGCCUAUGAGCUCAGCGUGCUCUGUGACUGCGAGAUCGCGCUCAUCAUCUUCAACAGCUCCAACAAGCUGUUCCAGUACGCCAGCACCGACAUGGACAAGGUGCUGCUCAAGUACACCGAGUACAACGAGCCGCACGAGAGCAGGACCAACUCGGACAUCGUCGAGACGUUAAGAAAGAAAGGCCUUAAUGGUUGUGAGAGCCCCGAUGCUGACGAUUACUUUGAGCACAGUCCACUCUCGGAGGACAGAUUCAGCAAACUAAAUGAAGAGGGGGAUUUUAUGUUCAAACGAGGCCCUCCUGGGCUGCCGCCUCAGAACUUCUCCAUGUCCGUCACGGUCCCUGUGAGCAGCCCGAACGCUCUGUCCUACACCAACCCCGGGAACGCCCUGGUGUCCCCGGCGUUGGCAGCCGGCUCCGCGUUGGCGGACUCGGGCCGGCCGCCCAGCACUGGCAGUGCGGGUGGGAUGCUGAGCUCGUCGGACCUCACGGUGCCCAAUGGAGCUGGGAGCAGCCCCGUCGGGAAUGGCUUUGUAAACUCAAGAGCUUCUCCAAAUUUAAUUGGAACUACGGGUGCGAAUAGCUUAGGCAAAGUUAUGCCUACAAAGUCUCCCCCCCCUCCAGGUGGCGGCAAUCUUGGCAUGAACAGUCGAAAACCAGACCUUCGCGUCGUCAUCCCUCCGUCCAGCAAGGGCAUGAUGCCUCCCCUGUCGGAGGAAGAGGAGUUGGAGCUGAGCGCCCAGCGGAUCAGCAGCUCGCAGGCCUCCCAGCCCCUCGCCACCCCCGUGGUGUCCGUGACGACGCCCAGCCUGCCCCCGCAGGGGCUCGUGUACUCGGCCAUGCCCACCGCCUACAACACGGAUUACUCGCUGACCAGCGCGGACCUGUCGGCCCUGCAGGGCUUCAACUCGCCGGGCAUGCUGUCGCUGGGCCCGGUGUCCGCCUGGCAGCAGCACCACCUGGGCCAGGCCGCCCUCAGCUCCCUGGUGUGAGUACCGCCGGCCCGGGCUCGGCUCCCUUCUCUCAGGUCUGGCUCUGCGGACGUCCCCCGACUCCCACGACGACGAGGA